AUGGAUCAAACCUUUUUAACAAGAGCAGAACGUAAGCCUACUACAUUUGAACUCAAAUACCUCGAGAAAAUAGGCACAACUCAAGAAAAAAGGAACGUUUUGGCAGCAAUUUCACCAGAUAUUCAGGAAAAAGAGAAAGAAACUGAAGAAAUUGAUCAGCAAUUAAAUGAGACAAGAAAUAAAUUUGAGCAAUGGAGAGUACAAUUCCAACAAAAGAAAAAAGAAUUAGAUAUUCAAAAUCAACAAUUACAAGAGAAAAAACGUAAUUUCGAUAAAUUCGCUGCAAUACAGUCUGCUGAGAUAGCUAAUUGCCGUGCACGUGAAAAGGAAGCCAAACAACAAAUUGACAAUAUUAAUGAAAGUUUAUACGCUGCAUCAAUAGAAGAGAAGAAACUCAAAGAGCAGAAUCAAAGCCUUGAAAAUGAAAUCAAAGAGCUUCAACCAUACAAUGAUUACAUGCAAAAUGUCGUUCAAAGUGACAGACAUUAUGAUAAUCCUGAUGCCUUCUUGUAUAGGCAUAGUAACUUAACGAAGGAGAGGCAGCAAUACUUAGAAAAAUACCAACAAUUAAUACAUACUAAAGGAGAUCGAGAAAAAGCUAUGAAAAAAGAUCUUGAUACAGAAAAAUCUCAACUUAUUGAGAAAACGAUGAGUUAUAAUGAAAAACUAAAUAGACUUAAUCAAAUAAAGAAGAAGAAUUCUUUCACUAAACAAAACUUGGUAAAAACAAUCCAAAGAAAUACACUCAAAAACUUCGAAGUCUCAACGAUUAAGUCUUCUAUACACACAAUAUACAUGAGGGCAAUGGACAUGUCAACAAGACCAAGUGAUAGAGAAAAAGCAAGACUUCCGAAAGGAGCAAACAAAGAAAUGUUAGAAUUUAUUCAAGAUAGAUUUCUUGAUAUGAAACAGAUCUUAGAAAAAUGGAAUAAUGAACUUCAAGCAAAUAAUGAUGAGUAA